AUGGCAAAAACAAAACGUUUGUCGACUAGUCACCCAAUUCGUUUUUUAGCCAUUUCCAUCAUUCUUAUCGAAAUACUCGUAUUUACAUCGUUAACAUUCACAAAUGCUGCUGUAGUAGAUAAACGUAAUGUUCCAUUGAGUCCAUCUACUCCACCUGCGUCUGUUACUUUACCGACUCCUAGUGGCAAUGGUAAUGGAAUCGGAAGCGGUAGUGUAAACGUUGGCAAUAAUAAUGGAAUCGGAAACAGUAAUAGUAACACAGGAUCUGGUAAUGGAAUCGGAAGCGGUAGUGUAAACGUUGGCAAUAAUAAUGGAAUCGGAAACAGCAAUAGCAACACAGGAUCUGGUAAUGGAAUCGGAAGCGGUAAUGUUCCAUUGAGUUCAUCUACUCCACCUGCGUCUCCUGUUUCAUUGGGUCCAUCUACUCCACAUGCGUCUGUUACUUUACCGACUCCUAGUGGCAAUAAUAAUGGAAUCGGAAGUGGUAGUGUAAACGUUGGCAAUAAUAAUGGAAUCGGAAACAGCAAUAGCAACACAGGAUCUG